CUAGAAGUAAAAUAUUAAGCAUGAUGUACAACAGUGUCGUCACAGUAAAUCAGAUACUCCUCAGGCCCUAUUUCCAUACUACUACUGAUACUAAUCCUGCUACUACAAGGUUAAAUUAAGCAAAGUUAAGAAGCUGACCCAAUGCCAGGGUUCAAUAAUUGUGGUGAGGAACAUAUUAACCAGUAUACGCACAUACGGGGCUCCACCAUUUAUGAUAUCAACCCUUCAAAACAAUCUUGAUCUUUAUAAAGUUCUCAGGCAGAGCUCCAUGAAUUUUAGAUUCCACUGAGAUAUUACUUACCUAUUCGAAGUGACCAGUCACACUUAGCAGUGACAGAGGUCCAUAGGGGCAGGAUUUUCUCUGCCAGACGCUCACUUGAUGAACAUUUUCCGUUCCGGGUGGUUUUUGAGGCUCAAACUUUGUCUGAAACCGGUCAACCCUGCCAAACACAGCUGAAGGCACUUCUUAAACACGUCAAAUCGAGCUGCUAAGCUGGACGACUGCAUGUUGCUGACUCUUUAACUGCUUUUUACAGGGUUACGCUAAAAAUGACAAGCUCUCAGCUUCAUGUGGUUUGAGCCUGCGUCGUUAUCGAUGUUGUCUUGCUUCACCAAAACGCUGCUGGUGGUGACCGCAGAUGUCUUGUACGACGCACACAUUCUCAUUUUGCACACGGGCAGAGACUUUCCCUGGGACGGCUGCAGUAGGGCUUUCUGUUGGAUGCCCGUUAGUGCAGCUGAACAAAGUGUCGAGGGACCGGUUUGCUGCUUAGAUAUGUUGCUGAACUGCCUUUCAACCAAGUUGUGUGCUGGCUCUCCGCCGGGUGUUUGGGUGUGUAGUACUGACAUGAUCCUGAGCAUCUCUUCAAUACCAACGGUGCCGUGGGAGGACUUCGCCGGAGUGCGCGCCGUGUCCUUACCUGGUGACACGUCUUUUGCCGUUAACCAUGGAGUCUACCUCACAGACGCACAGGGUGGAGUGCGUGAUAUCAUCUACCGGGGUUCGGAAGAGAGGAUCCGCUCUGCUGCACUGCCCGAUGGGAAAGUUCCUCUGGUGUCGGGGCCUGUGUUUUUCUCCAGCUCUGUAUCUGAGAAACUUUUACAAACUCUCGUGACUCCACCGCUGGACGGCUGCACUUACCUGGGCAUGGACUCUGGAGCGCUGCCUCUUCAGAUCUCGCUCUUUCUGGAUAUCCUGCUGUGCCUUUGCUCGGACCCGACCGAAGCGGAGUUUGUGAACGGCAUGAGAGCAGGUUCCAGUUCACCUACGGGUCCGCGAGGCGAGGCAGUGAAGAGCGCUCGCGCUGUGCUCUGGAGGACUUUGAGAGGUGUUCCCCUUUCUCUGGCACACGCUUCAGAUGGACGCUACGAUUACCUGACCACGUCGGGCAAGGAGCAUAUCGUACGUCUGACAGAGGCGGGAUCAGAGACGCGGGUUCUUUCUCACAUACAGGAGCUGCAGUGCGUGAGCGAGGACAGUAGGAUAAUUAACAGUGUCCUGGAAGGAGAGGUGCAUGUCGCAGCAGGCGCUGUUGUGCAACACUGCCACUUACAGGGUCCGAUUCAAGUGAAUUCUGGGUGCCUCCUUUCUGGCCUGGACCAGACCGUAUCAGAUCAACUGCGGCACCUGCCUCUGACCAGCGACAUCAUUGUGCAGGGGCACAGGGUGAAUGUAGGGGAGCUGAAGUUAACAGUGUUUACGGUGUUUGGGGCGUAUGACCGUUUGGAGGCCCAGAGUGACGACGUUGCCGCUUCGUUCCUCAAUCAAACGUGGAGCCGCUUCUUCAGCAGCACUGGAAUACAUCUUGUGUGCGUUUUCUGUGUCAGGAGAGAGGAUCUGUGGGGAGAGGCGAGCAGAGCACGUCAGACUCUGCUGGACGCUCGCUUGUUUUUGGCGUUUAUGCCGAAGGGAGGCACAAUAGGGCUGGAUGGCGUGCGCUUCUUGCUGGGAGGCUCUGGGAGUAUAGAGAACUGGAGAUCCGCGUGGAGACUCUCUCUUAGGGAGGUGCUGUCUCUCACCGACCAGCAGCGUGAACUGCAGUGGAGAGAGAAGCUGCUGUUUCGUGCAGGCCGGAGAAGAGCGGCGGACACACUGAAGAGCCACGCAGCUCACAACCUCCUGCCUAGUAUGAGAGCAGCAGUGCUGGGAGGCAAGCACACGGAGCUACUGAGCAUGCUCGACUCCGUGGCUUCAUCGAGUCUUGCUGAUCUGGGUGUAGCUGCGCGUACUCUGGCGUGCAUCGCUGAUGUUCUCGGUUGCAUGGCCGGCGAAGGAAAAGGUGGUUUGAGGAGUGGCCCGGCCGCUAAUCCGUCCUGGGCUUCUGCUUUCAGCCUGCUGGAGCAGGGCAAGCUGGAGGCUGGCGUCCUGGAACUGGCCAAUCAGAGAGCCCGCUGGCUCGACAGACCCGAACUGCUGGUGAGAGCUGCCAGACACUACGAGGGUGCAGGACAGAUCCUUCUCAGGAAAGCGGUGAUGUCCGCACGCCAGUUUGUGCUCGUUGGCCAAGGCGAGAUACCACCCAUGGGAGAGUGGCAGGAAGUGGAGUGUCCAGCCAGAGUGGACCUCUCUGGCGGUUGGAGCGACACUCCGCCGAUCGCGUUUGAGUACGGAGGUGUGGUGGUGAACGUGGCUGUGAAGGUGGAUGGAAAACGGCCGAUCGGAGCCCGAGCGCGCCGCAUUCCAGAGCCCCGGCUGGUGCUGUCGAGCCGCAGCGGUCCUCCGGAUUGCAGCGUGACUACGCAGACAGUGUGUAACGACCUCGCUGACCUGAAGGACUACUGCCAGCCCCAUGCGCCUGGUGCCCUGUUAAAGGCGGUGUGUUUGUGCAGCGAUGUGGUGUGUUUGACAUCUCCUCUGUCUCUGGAGCAGCAGUUGAUUCAGCGCUGGGGAGGAGGACUGGAGCUGCACAGCUGGUCUCAGCUGCCUCAUGGCUCGGGACUCGGUACGAGCAGUAUCCUGGCGGGCGCGGUCCUAGCAGCUGUGUACCGGUGCACUGGGCGGAGUUAUGACACCAGUUCUCUCAUCCAUGCUGUACUACACUUGGAGCAGAUACUCACCACAGGCGGAGGGUGGCAGGACCAGGUGGGAGGGCUGGUAGGUGGAGUGAAGGUGGCACGGUCCCGUCCCAUCCUGCCCCUCAGAGUGGACGUGGAGCGACUCGUGCUUCCUCCAGACUUCCUCAUGGCGCUGCAACAGCGUCUCCUGCUGAUCUACACGGGCAAGACACGGCUGGCACGCAACCUGCUGCAGGACGUGGUGCGGAAUUGGUACAGUCGCCUGCCGUCGAUCGUGCGGAACGCAGAGCAGCUGGUGAGCAAUGCCGAGGAGUGUGCACGGGCCUGCACGGAGGGAUCUCUUACCAAACUAGGGGACUGCAUGAACCGCUAUUGGCAGCAGAAGAAAGCAAUGGCUCCGGGAUGUGAACCAGCCGCAGUGAAAACCAUGAUGGAAGCCCUUCACCCUAGAGUCUUAGGACAAAGCCUGGCAGGGGCAGGAGGUGGCGGCUUCCUGUUCAUACUCACACGGGACGUCCAGCAGGAGCAGAAUGUACGACAGGUCCUCAACAGCACACAGGGUCUCUGUGACUUCAGCGUGCACUCAGUGCAGAUUGACACGGAAGGGAUUACAGUCAUACAUCAGGGCACAGGAAAUGCCCAGUGUCCCAGUUAAACCAGCACAAACCGCAGCACACUUUCUGCACCGAGCCGUGCAUUAUCCCACUGGCCCCUUGCCACUGUUGACAAGUUCACUGAAUUGACUAAUUUGAACGUAUCGACUGUAACUGUAUGUUACUAAAGUUACAACGGCUUAUAGGCAGCGCGUUCAUUUCAUCAUGAACCAGGGCGAUUAUUGAAAGAGAAUAAUAUAUGAAUCGUUUUAUAUUUUAAAAAAAAAAAAAAAAAGUCUGUUUGUCUCUUGGUACCAUGUCAUUUGUGUACUUUAGGCUGAAUUAAGAAAAUGUACAUGGUGUGUGUGUAACAUUUAAAAACGAGUAGAACUCCAAGCCAAAACACACCAAAGAGUCCUUUGUGUUACUGCGACAGAAAUCCCCUUCAAAAUAUUUCAGACAGGACUACUUUCUCCACUGAUAAUAAUAAUAAUAAUAAUAAUAAUAAUAAUUAUUAUUAUUAUUAUUUCUCCAUUUACAUUUGAGAUUUUUCAGGUUUGUUUUUUGGUCCCGAGGCGAAUUGAGAGCCCAUGACAUAUUCAGUCCUAUUACAUUUCAAACGGUGAUUUAAACUGACUUGUGCAUUAUACGGUUUGAACGCGCACCUUCCAGCCAAUCAGAAUCGAGUACUCGGACAGACCAUGAUGUAAACACCAUAUAUACGUACGCUGCCCACACAGUGUAAGAAAUUAUUAGAAAAAAAUGCAGACUGGAGAACAAUGAAACAAGCCCCAUUCAAAAAAAAUAAAAUAAAUACAAUUAAAAUAAAUAAAAUUAAUCUUUAAUCAUAAAACAGAUGAACAGAGUUCGUUACAGCAAAGCAGAAGUGAUGGUUUCACUACUCAGGAUCACUGUAAAUAUUAAAUUGUUUACUUGCACAUUUUUGAUAUUAGUUGAUUUUUAAUUAUUUUUAUGGUUCUAUUUUAAUCUCCAGUGCAGUAACUGAGAUUAGUGCGUUCUUUAAAUCGUUCAACUCAAUUACAGUAAACAAUAGUAAUGUUUUGUUUUAAAUUGAGAACUUUUAGUGGGUUGGAUCAGAUCCUUUAUCGGGCCGGUCCUAACCAGGCGCACGUGUACAGCUUCCCGAUCCGUAGUUUAGUGUCCCCGAGCCGAGAACCCUCUGUGAUUAAAGCUGGAUUUUUAUGACUAUAGAAAAACAAUUCCAAGCACUUUCUGUAAACGUGGCAGAGAAAUCAUGAACUGUUUCUGUAAUAUACGGCAAGUGUGUUACAAUCAAAGUUACAAUCAACUUAUAGACUACAGUUUAUGCAUAUUUUAAAUACUGUAUGAAACUGUACUACUAAAUAAAAUUAAGUGUAAUUUGCUCUUUGGAUGUUAUUGCAAUAGAUCCUGUACAGUGUGUGUAUGUAUGUAUGUAUGUAUGUAUGUAUGUAUGUAUGUAUUUAUUUAAACAUCCCGUAUGUACCUUAGCUGGAAGGAUGGAAUGAACGAAUCAAUUUCUUCCAAAUGCAGUGCUUUUAAUUUGUUUACAUAAAUCACCAGGUUAAAAAUAUAUAGGCAGGUCCAGAAUUAUCGGAGCUUUUGGUAACGAUGGUUAGAAACAGCUGGGGAUUAUUAACUGGCCGUUAAAGACUCCAGCAUGUAUUUCAAUUCAUACCCGGUCUUUUU